AUGGGAAUGGACCUGGUGGUGGGGUGGCUUGGGGCGAGUUCUACUGUUGGUUGUGGGCGUUUCCACUGUGCGUGUUGGUGGUUUGCUAGAUCGGCAAUACUGUUAGAUGUAAUUGGAGUCAGUGCUCUUAUAAUAUUCAUCACUCGUGUGGCUUUGGGUUACAAACAGACAAGGGAUAGGUAUCAACUACUGGUCAACAAAACUCUUUACGAGAAAACUGUAGCUAGUGGCUUUGGUUCAGUUCACUUUCUUUUGGAUGCUUCUGAACAACAACAAUACAAGGAAGCCAUCUUGGCAUAUGCAAUCUUACUCAAAGCGGAGGAUGGCCAGGUCACUUGCAUCAAAAGUGUUGGAGACAAGUGUGAGAGAUUUAUGUAUAAUGCGUUUAAAGAGAAGGUUGAAAUGCCCAUUGGCAAGGCUAUGGAUACACUGGCAAGGCUGGGUCUAGUGACAGGAAAGGAUGUUGCUGGGAAAAAUGGACUGCAGGCAAUUCAUUCUGCCAAGGCAUAUGAGAUUCUUAAACAGCGUUGGCAUAGCUUGCUUAGUUAA